GAGUAUAAUUGGGCGAAGUAAUAAAUUCUCACUGCACUCGGCAGUUAUCAAUCAAUCAAAGGUGGCACUUCACGGUUUUCACACUGGAAAUCAAAUUUGCCGCCAUUAUUGUUUCUAUGGGCAACCACUUCAUUAAUGGCGUCCGAGAGAAAAGAAAAUGGAAAAGUAAUUCCAGAAAAAGGAAAUUCAAGGUUAACUGUUCCCAGUACGGGUGCUUUGAUCCUGUCUCUUGGAUCGAUGGAGUGCAAUAACUCGUCAGCUGGAAGUGCCUACAAUCUGUUUGAUGAAAUGCCAUUGAAUGUUUAUGCAGCUCUAAUGGAGUUUAGUGCUUCUGGUUCAAGAAGUGGAAGCUUCAGAACAAACAGUUCAUCUGUUUGGAGAGCCAAUGGGAAGGAUGCUUUUGUGCGGUCGUCGAGGAAGGAAGAUGAUGAGGUGGCGCUUAUGUGGGCUGCCCUUCAGAGAGUUCCGACCUUCGACCGCCUGAAAAAGGGGCUGAUACCUGGCUUAAGAGGUGGGAUGAGUGAAGUUGAUAUAAAGAACAUUGGUUGCGAAGAAAAGAAGAAAAUCAUCGAGAGGUUAAUUAGAGUCCCAGAAAGAGAUAAUGAGAAGUUCUUAUUGAAACUUAAGGAUCGCAUCGACAGGGUUGCCAUUGAUAUCCCAACAGUCGAGGUCAGAUUUGAGCAUUUGAAUGUUGGUGCAAAUGCUUAUGUGGGAAAGAGAGCUUUGCCUUCUAUCACAAACCUUACCUUAAACAUACUUGAGGGGCUAUUGAGCUAUCUAUACGUGCCUACAAACAAGAAGCAUGUUUCUAUUCUUCACGAUGUUAGUGGAAUCAUCAAGCCUGGCAGAAUGACAUUGCUCCUAGGGCCUCCAAGUUCAGGGAAGACCACUCUGUUGUUGGCAUUGGCAGGGCAACUUGAUCCUGAAAUUUUAGCUGAGUUAUCUAGAAGAGAGAAAGCGGCAAAUAUUAUGCCUGAUCCUGAUUUGGACAUUUUUAUGAAGGCUGCUGCAACCGAUGGUCAAGAAGCAAAUGUGGUUGUAGACUACAUCAUCAAGAUUUUGGGACUUGAAGGAUGUGAGGAUACAAUCGUUGGAAAUGAAUUGUUAAGGGGUAUGUCAGGGGGAGAGAGAAAGCGGCUUACUGCAGGCGAAAUGCUUGUAGGACCGGCAAAUGUUUUGUUGAUUGAUGAAGUGUCAACUGGUUUAGACAGUUCAACCACAUUCCAAAUCAUAAAAUCCAUCAAACACUAUGUACACACUCUUUGUGGCACUGCUGUGAUUUCUCUUCUUCAGCCAGCACCAGAAUGUUAUGAUCUGUUUGACGAUAUAAUUCUCAUAUCCGAAGGCCAGAUCGUUUAUCAUGGUCCACGUGACAACGUGCUUGAUUUUUUUGAAUCCAUGGGCUUCAGAUGUCCAGAAAGAAAAGGAGUAGCUGACUUCUUGCAAGAAGUAACAUCAAGGAAAGAUCAAAUGCAGUAUUGGGUGCAUAAGGACAAGCCUUACAGAUUUGUAACAGUCAAGGAAUUUUCUGAGGCAUUUCAGUCUUUUCACAUUGGCCGCAACUUAGGAGAUGAGCUUGCUACCCCUUUUCAAAAGGCUAGAAGUCACCCAGCUGCCUUAACUACCAAAAGAUAUGGUGUUAGUAAGAUGGAGCUCUUAAAAUCUUGCUUUUCCAGAGAAGUUCUGCUGAUGAAGAGAAACAGUGCUCUUCAUAUAUUUGGGUUUACAUGGGAGUUAGCUCCAACAAUUUUUCGCCUUCCAGUUUUUUACAAGCAAAGGGAUCUUUUAUUCUAUCCAGCGUGGGCCUAUGCUAUACCUACAUGGAUCCUGAGGCUACCAUUAUCUUUCAUAGAAGUUUCUGCCUGGGUGUUCUCUGCAUACUAUGUCAUUGGUUAUGAUCCAGAUGUUGGAAGUAAUGGAGGAUCCUCUAAGGUCAAGACUGGGACUGGUAACAUAACUUGUGGGAUGAUCCUUCCAUUUGAGCCACAUUCCAUUGUGUUCAAUGAAAUUAAGUAUUCUGUGGACAUGCCACAGGAGAUGAAGAUUGAGGGAGUCCUGGAUGGUCGUCUUGAGCUUUUGAAAGGUGUUAGCGGGGCAUUUAGGCCAGGUGUUCUGACAGCGCUCAUGGGCGUUAGUGGUGCAGGUAAAACCACACUGAUGGAUGUCCUUGCUGGUAGGAAAACUGGUGGGUAUAUUGAAGGGGACAUUAGAUUAUCUGGCUUUCCAAAGAAGCAGGAAACAUUUGCCCGCAUUUCUGGAUACUGCGAGCAAAACGACAUCCACUCUCCUCACCUUACAGUAUACGAGUCCUUGACCUUUUCAGCUUGGCUCCGCUUACCAUCAGGAAUCACUUCAGAAGCUAGAAAUUUGUUCAUCAAGGAAGUCAUGCAAUUAGUUGAGCUUGACUCUUUGAAAGACGCAUUGGUUGGUUUACCCGGGGUGAAUGGUCUAUCAACUGGACAACGUAAAAGGCUGACCAUAGCAGUUGAAUUGGUGGCUAAUCCUUCACUAAUAUUUAUGGACGAGCCAACAUCUGGUCUUGAUGCAAGGGCUGCUGCAAUAGUAAUGAGGACAGUUCGGAAUAUUGUUGACACUGGUAGAACAAUUGUUUGCACAAUCCACCAGCCAAGCAUUGACAUAUUUGAAGCUUUUGAUGAGAAUAUUGAAGGCAUUGAAAAAAUAAAAAAUGGCUACAAUCCUGCCACCUGGGUGCUGGAGAAUACAACACGAGAAAAAGAGGAGGCUCUCGGUAUAAAUUUCAAUGAGAUCUACAGAAAAUCUGAAUUGUACCAGAGAAACAUGGCUUUGAUAAAAGAACUGAGCACACCUCCUCCUGGUUCAAGGGAUCUAAAAUUCUCAACAAAAUAUUCACAAUCCUUCUGGACUCAAUUCGUAGCAUGCCUAUAUAAACAACGAUGGUCCUACUGGCAUAACACAUCGUACACUGCACUAAGGGCCUUUUUCACGAUUGUUAUUGCAUUGAUGUUUGGGACAAUGUUCUGGGAUCUUGGUGGGAGAAGGAGUAAGGCACAAGAUUUGUUCAAUGCCAUGGGUUCCAUGUAUGCAGCUGUUCUGUUUAUUGGGACACUAAAUGCAUUCAUUGUUCAGCAAGCAGUUGCAGUAGAACGAACAGUGUGUUACAGGGAAAGAGCUGCAGGGAUGUAUUCUGCCUUGCCGUUUUCCUUUGCAAUGAUUGUGGUUGAGCUCCCAUAUAUUUUGAUACAAGCAGUCAUAUACGGCACCACGGUCUACUCAAUGAUUGGAUUUGAAUGGACAGCUAGGAAGUUUUUGUGGUACCUUCUCAUCAUGUUCUUAACAUUCUUGUACGCCACUUUCCUCGGCAUGAUGUCAGUGGCCAUGACACCAAACCUGCAAAUUGCAUCCAUCUUGGCAACCGGAUCAUUCGGAAUAUGGAACCUCUUCUCCGGAUUCUUGAUUCCCCGACCCAUGGCUCCAGUGUGGUGGAGAUGGUAUUUUCGGCUGUCACCGGUCGGAUGGACGCUAUACGGUCUGGUGGCAUCACAGUUUGGGGAUUUCCAGGAUGUUUUGGAGACGUUCGACACGGUGGAGAACUUCUUGAGACAUUUUUUUGGGUUUCGGCGCGACUUUGUUGGGGAAACCGCAGCUAUACUGACCGGUUUCGUUCUUCUCUUUGCAACAAUGUUUGCUUUCUCCAUGAAGAUGUUCAAUUUCCAAAAGAGAUGAUCACAAUACAAGCAGCUUGAAUAAAGGGAUAUCAGUCAGGUCCAAAUAAAAUGCUAAAUGUUAAUAUGAAAAAACUGUUAAAACUCAGACGCUUUGGCAUUGUUAGAAUUUGGAAAUGCAUUUAUACUCCAUUGUUUAUUCUUUAUAAACUUGGAUAGAACUG